UGCCCUGAUGCGAUGAAUUACUAAUAUACGAUCCAAUGUAGGGUGGACAGCGCUCUCCAGCUGCGGACAACUCCUGUAGCUCCGACGUGAGAGCUACGAGUUUCCUUGGAUGCAACGUUAUAUAAUGGACCUGAUCAAGCUUUGGGUCCUCCCCGAACCUCGUCUCUCACAGGAGACUUGGGCCUACUUCCCAAGCCAAGAAGCUCAGGCUCGAUACGCAUGGAUAGCACACACCCACCAUCGCCAGAGGUCCUAAGUAUUCUCCAGACAUGGAUUGCAUUCUCUGUAUUAGGCUCCGCACUUUCAGCAACGCUCUUUGGCAUUAUCACGGUCCAAACCUUUUUCUACUACAAACGUUUUCCAACCGAUCAUGUUUUCUUGAAGAUCACGGUUGCUUCCUUAUGGAUUUUGCUACCACUUCAAAUCUUGUUAACGGCAAUCGAUAUUUAUGCUUUCGCAAUGUCUCUCGGUUCGGCAGCUGGUAGAAAAUUGAUCUGGGCUCAAAUAUUACCGCAAUUUACGAACCUGCUAGCAGGUAUUGUGUCGCAAUCACUCUUCGUCUAUACCACCUUCCGUCUACUGCGAAACAUGUUCUUGCUGCUCGCUUUGGCACUCCUGGUGUCAUUCGAAGCUGGUUGGGGGCUUUUUGUCUCCGUAUCGAUAUUACAGCGUACAUAUCAAAACCCCAAUCCACUCUACGCCGCACGAUUGUGGCCCAGUCGUAUAUUCGGUCCCCUGAAUGCUUGCUGUGACAUUGUUGUUGCUGGUGCUCUUGCUUGGGGUAUCCAUCGACGAAAGAACGGAGCCGUGAGCGAUAACGUUUUGAGAGACAUCAUGCUGUACAUUGCUUGUACAGGUUUAUCAACUGCGUCAGUAUCAAUUGUGCUAGCUGCGGGCGUUGUGGUCGCUUCUCCAAGGGUCAUCCCAUUCAUUGGGCCAAGUGUUGGUGCUGUCUCAAUCAUUGGAUUUCUUUCAAACCUUCACUCCCGUUCACUUCUGUAUGAUGCCAGGACUCAAAGAGGCGGGAUAAGUUUUCUUAUUUCCGUCAUGCGUGACGUGCAGCAAGCGUCUGAUCGUGAAGGCCAACAUGAAGUUGCGCUGUGGUCAAGAGUUUCAAAGUUCGAUAAUGAAUACAACGUAGAGGAAUCAAAAACAUACGAUGAUAACCCAGCUUUCGAACGACAACCCACAUGUGCUAGGAGGCCAAUCUCAAUGCCUAAACGCGAGAAUUCUCACGUGUCCGGGAUCGAAGAAGAGAUCGUGGAGGUUGAUCCUCAGCUUGGGUGUGAAAGGACGACUAGAUAACGUUGGUGGUGAUGCCGAGCUUCC